AUGACGUCCACGAAUGAGCCCAAGCCUACAAAGAAGAGGACGGGCAGGAAACGCCUACCUCCACUCGCGCCAGGCCCGACUCUGCAAUUUCUGGUCGCAAGUCAUCCGGAUGACUUCAAGGCAGAUAAUACGAUGCGGAAUGUAAGAUCUCACGUCAUGUACAAGCAUCGCGGAGAGCAUUACGGUAUUAGAAGAUCGCACUCUGCUUCUUACAGGUCAAAAAGUACCGAAAUCGAGGCCAAGGCAAGGGCAUUCACUCGCACUCCGAGCCCAAGGGCAGCAGAAUCAGGAGGGAGAUCAGUCGAGAGUGGGCUUUUUGCUCCACCAUCAAGUGGGGGGAAGAGCGCAGCCUGGGAUACUGAAUUCCACGACAUGCUUUCACAAACAACUUCGGCAAACCCGUUACGCAAUUUGGCAACCAGAAUUAUAGCCGCAAUAACUGUAGAGCAAGCAAGAAGUACCCCUCCAGUAUUCGGCCACGUCUCAGAGUAUCCUUUUCCACGCAGGAACUCAUGGGAGAAUGACUCCCUGGAAGAUGUCAAGACCCUCUACAUCCAGAACAACGAAUCUUGUCAUCAUGAUGAACCGUGGAUGCGAUUUGUCUGCAGCACCCGCAUGUCUUUUCUUGGCAAUCUUACUGCAACUUGUGUCUUCAUUGAUCUGGCGGAUGGCCUUUUGGACGACAGCCCAAUUACAGUAUACGCGAAGACCAAACUCCUUUCGAUGAUAAAGGAGAGCCUACUGGAGGCGGAGACAUCGACCAGCGACUUUACCGUCCUUAGCAUCCUGCACCUCCUUGCCAGCGAGAUUUGCGGCUCUGGAGAGGAUGUAUUUGAUGCCCACAUGGAGGGACUAGUCCGUAUAAUCCACCGACGAGGUGGUUUAAAGUACCUGGGGGCAGAGGGCCGCAUCGCCGCGUUUCUGGCUGUGUACAUGCUUACGUUCACCAUACUCCGUAGUCAAUCCGAGCCCUCCUUGCUUCACGACUUCGUCCCCGAGCUCUUGCAGCCUCCCGCCGUCCUCAAAAAGCCGCCGAUCUCGCCCCUUUUUGCGCCCAACGGUGACCUUUCCGUACUCUAUAGCUCAUGCUCGGACGGAUGCUAUCAAAUCCUUUGCGACAUGCACGAGCUCACAAACACCUUCAUCCACCGCUGGACUUAUACCACGGAACGCUACCCACAGAGCAGCCUCGAGCUAGCUUCCUACGACCUCCAUAUGCAGCAAAUCUACAGUCGCCUUCUCCUCCGCCCACCGACCGAUCCUCACACCGACCCGGACUGGACAUACGAGUCAUGCCGUCUAGCAGCACUCAUAUACUGUCGCUCCAUCGUGCAGGGCGUUCCACUCUCAGAUUCCGCCGGGGUCAUGCAUGCGUCCAGCAGAGACGACCCGGGAGCGCCAUCCGGCGUCACUCUUCUCUCCGCACUCCACCAGGCGCUGGGAUGCACGGAUACGAAUUCCGACUGGGGCGAUCUCUACGGAGUCUGUCUCUGGGUCUGUCUGGUUGGCGGGGCCGCGAGCUGGCAUUCGUGCGCUCAGCCUGCUGAUGCCGCUGGGUACGCAAGUCAGAGGCAUGAGGACGAGGACAGGGCUGCGGCCUGGGCGAGGAAACGCUUUGCGCUGUUUUCGGUGAAGAGUUCGUUGGCCUGUGGGUUCCAUCAGGCGAGUGCGAUGCUGGAGAUGCAGAGGAGGAUGUUGAGGGUGCAGAGGUUGAUUGCGGUGAAGGGGGGGAUUGCUAGUCAGUGA